GGCACCGACCAGGGACCGAUGCUUAUUCCUGCUCUUUUCGUUGUGCAGAUUGCGCUAUGGCCUAAAGGCCUCUCUACCGGGCUGGUCACGCAUCUGCACACAAAUGGAACUACGCCAGUAAUCACCGAUGACACAACAACAGGGAACGAAUCUGCGCAAGCGCCUGCGAUCUUCUACGCACCUCUACAGCGCAGCUACCACGCCACGGACGAGAUCUCGUCGACGCAAGCAGGCGCCCAACAGUAUAAAAGCCUGGCUCAUGACACGAGACACUUCAGUGGACUUGGUGGCACCGACCAGGGACCGAUGCUUAUUCCUGCUCUUUUCGUUGUGCAGAUUGCGCUAUGGCCUAAAGGCCUCUCUACCGGGCUGGUCACGCAUCUGCACACAAAUGGAACUACGCCAGUAAUCACCGAUGACACAACAACAGGGAACGAAUCUGCGCAAGCGCCUGCGAUCUUCUACGCACCUCUACAGCGCAGCUACCACGCCACGGACGAGAUCUCGUCGACGCAAGCAGGCGCCCAACAGUAUAAAAGCCUGGCUCAUGACACGAGACACUUCAGUGGACUUGGUGGCACCGACCAGGGACCGAUGCUUAUUCCUGCUCUUUUCGUUGUGCAGGUUAGUAACAAUUACUCGGUAACCUCAUUAAUAGACGAUGAUGUAACCCUGAUGGUGCUGCCAAGUCCACGCUUUCUUGUUGCCCUGAUUGCUGAUUGCUAUGAUGUGUGUAAGCUGCUGUUACUAACAUCGGGUGAUGUUGAGCUAAAUCCCGGUCCGAAUUCUGAUUCGGAAUCGGACACCCGUCCCAACAAUAACAUUCUAAAACAAAUACUCAAAGAACAAACUAAAACAAAUAAAACGUUAAAGGAAGUAGUGGCUAAUUUGAAAAAGGUUGAACGAACUGUGGAUAAUAUGGAAACCAGGCUCACUAAAAUCGAAAAUGAUAUGGAACGACUUAAACACUGCGAAGAAAAAUUGGCCGAGUAUGAAA